AUGGUGUUCGGUGCUGGCGCGGUUUAUCGGGAAAAGAUUAAGAGGUUACGAAAGCCCGUCAAUCCAAGGGAUUGGGUAGACUCGAAGCCAGCGCUGUCAUCCACUCCGAUCCACAACUACGAACGGAAUUUGGUGCAGGUGCCAUUCGACGUUGCUCGUGCGCCAAUCGCUGAUGUUGACACGCUUGAUGUUAUGAGCUACGCAUCUGUUGGUUCCAUCAUUGGUCAUGAGGUUACGCACGCGUUUGACGAUCAAGCCGGUUUCUUGCCCAUGCCCAUUUCGGAUUUCUUGUAA